AAAGUGUUCUUUUAACAAACAAUUUAUCGCACGAUGUUGAUCGUUUUAUAUCGCUAGAUCGUUAACAAUUUAUUGUUUGCUACAAACACUGCUAAAUUAUCUUAUAGAUUUCUUAAAAAUGUAAAUAUUAAUAAUGUACAGGAAAUGUCCUUAAAAUGACGCAGAACGUACGAUACAUCGUAAGUGCAAAAAGGAAACGAUCUGCAUCCAAUUCACUAACGGCAUUGCCAGAUUUUGACUGCAGCAGGUCUCAAUUACAUGCCCUUGGAUCUACAUCCCGCCAGCAUGGAGCGGUUGUCAGAGGGCUGUGGCCCAUCAUACUACACAUACCAGGUGAGCCAGCACAGCUCAGAUGUUCUCAAUCAACUGAACCAGCAGCGAAAGAGCGGAGGGCGUUUUUGUGAUGUAGUUCUACGUGUUGGUGAGGAUAGCUUUCCGGCCCACCGUGCCGUUUUGGCUGCCUGUAGUCAGUACUUUGAGUCUGUACUUGGAGAGUCAGAAGGGCCAACACCACGGGAGCUCGAGAUGCACACCAUCAGCUCCAAGGUUUUUGGGGACAUUUUGGACUUUGCAUAUACUGCUCGCAUAAUUAUACGGCUGGAGAGUUUUCCAGAGCUAAUGACAGCUGCCAAGUUCUUGCUGAUGCGGUCAGUUAUUGACAUUUGUCAGGAGGUCAUUAAGCAAUCUAAUGUACAAAUCCUAGUUCCCCCUGCACGACCAGAACUCAUGCUUUUUAGAUCAGGGGCGUCUGACCUUGGAUUUCCAUUAGACAUGACAAAUGGGACUGUUCUGAGUGGCUCGGGAAUUGCAGGGUCAUUAGGGGAAGAGGAAGAAGACUCUGUACGCCCAGGACAAGCUGUACCAAGUCAGGCCUCUCUUCUAGCACUCGGGGGAGCUUCACAAAUUCUUCCCUCUCAAUACCAAGUAGGAAUACAAGGACUUGGAUCCAAGAGAGGCCGUGGAAGGCCAAGAAAACCUAGUGUUUUAGACUCUGUGCUCUUUGGAGCAGUUGGUGGCUUGCGGGAUGGAGGGGUGCUUCCUUGUGGCCUUUGUGAUAAGGUCUUCACAGAUCCCUUGCGACUGCGUCAGCAUGAGGCCCAGCAUGGAGUCACCAGCCUGCAGCUGGGAUAUGGAGACCUUCAAACACCCCGUCUAGGAGAGAAUGGCUUAACCCAAGAGGAACCAGGUACCCCUAGAAAGAGGAACAGAGCAAGGAAACAGGUAGCUUGUGAUUUGUGUGGAAAGAUCUUUCGGGAUGUGUACCACCUGAACAGGCACAAGCUAUCUCACUCUGGGGAGAAGCCUUACUCCUGCCCUGUGUGUGGACUGCGCUUCAAACGGAAAGACCGAAUGUCGUACCAUGUCCGCUCACAUGAUGGCUCUGUAGGGAAGCCCUACAUCUGCCAAAGCUGUGGAAAAGGAUUUUCUAGGCCGGACCACCUCAAUGGACAUAUAAAACAAGUUCACACAUCAGAGAGACCCCACAAGUGUGAGAAAACUGCAGAAGGAUUUCCCAGUCAAGUGCGCAGUGAGCAGGAGAGAGGAGGAGGACAGACAUGUAAUGCCUCCUUUGCCACACGUGACCGACUGCGUUCACACUUGGCAUGUCAUGAGGACAAGGUACCAUGUCAAGUGUGUGGGAAAUACUUGCGGGCUGCCUAUAUGGCCGACCAUCUGAAGAAACACAGCGAGGGACCUAGCAACUUCUGUACCAUCUGUAACCGAGGUUUCUCCUCUGCCUCAUACUUAAAGGUCCAUGUAAAAACACAUCAUGGCGCCCUCCUCAGCGCGGGCCCUCACCGGCCGGAGUCCGUCCCAAAUGGUGCAGCGCUGUUCCACUGUGUCCGGACCUGUGGCGUGAAAGAGGGGGAGAAGUGUCAGCAUGGUGAGCAGGAGAGCUCCGAUUCCUAUGGUGACCUGUCAGAUGGAAGUGACCUCAAAUCUCCAGAGAAGCAGAGUUCUAAUGGAUCGUAUGCAGCUUGUGACUUGGUGAUUCCCAAAAAAAUUGAAGCAGAGCCUGAGAAACGAUAUCCCUGUUCAGAAUGUGGCAGCUUCUUUCGCUCUAAGGCCUAUCUCAACAAGCACAUCCAGAAAGUUCAUGCCAGGCCAUUGGGACCAGGGCUUGGGGAUUUGGGGGCAACGCUGGGCCCAGCACUUGGCCCUGCCCUUGGACCCACAUUGGGUCCUGCUCUUGGGCCCUCACUUGGCCCAACUCUUGGUGCUUCUCUUGGGCCAGCUUUGGGGUCUGCCUUGGCAUCACCUUUCUCCCCACAACAGAAUAUGUCCCUUUUGGAGUCAUUUGGUUUCCAAAUUGUGCAGUCUGCUUUUGCUUCUUCCCUUGUGGAACCUGAGGUAGAACAGCAGGGGCUAGGGAGUGAAGGGAAGUAAAGUAAGAGUUAAAAGUGAUUCAUGCUUAACAAAUAUGGAGGAGGAGGAGUAACAUGGUAGUGCAAAUGUGGGAAAAUUAUGUGAAAGGCAUCACUAUGCAUGAAUCAAAGAGCCCCAGAAAAGAACUACAAAACAUUGGAAAGGAACUGGGGUUCACAAUGAAAUGAAUUUGAUAAGCUGUAUUUCAGUGGAAACCACCAGACCAAGAAAGAAGCCUAACUGGGUAGAUCUAAAACUGUCAUGUUUACACUAAGCUCUGAACUAUACAAUGCCUCCUGAACUAAUGGGGUUAAAGUGUCUUAGUGGGGGCCGACCAUGAACAGUUUCUAUGUGAAUGUUUUGUACUUUCCUGAAAACUAUUCUAAACCUGCACAAAGCUGGCCACACAUUGUAAUAAACAGAUUCCUCACAA